GCCCAGGAUAGGACCCGUCACCUCCUUCUCCAGGUUUUCCUCCCACCCCAGUCUCCCCAGGGGGCUCGGCUCAGACUCUGCCCCCGCCGCCCAAGGCCCAGCGCCGGCGCAGGACCACCCCUCUCCCGCGGCCCCGCCUCCGAACCCCCGCCCCCUGGACCCCGCCCGGGUCGGGAGACCACCCCUGCAGCCGGCUCCCAGGUCUUGGUCUCGCGCGCCCCGCCCCCGCCCCCGCGGCCCCGCCCCGGCGCGGGGACCACCCUCCGCCCGCGGAGGCGGGGGCCAAGCGCUCGGGGCACUCUCGGCUGUCCCGGCCCUUUGCCGCCGCCGCCGCCGCCGCGCGGUGGUUCCUGCGGAUCCGCGCGCGCCGCCGGCCGGGAGAGCUCUCAGACCGCGAGGAGAGCCGCAGGAACCCGUGGGACGCAAUGCGAGCCAGCAUCUUCCUGCUCUGGACAGAAGGCCGGGUCCUGGGACUGGUCCUCUUGACGUCAGAGAGCUGGGCCCUGUUGCAGGAAGAAGCACAUUGCAGAGCUGACGCCGUAGCGCAGCAUGGUUGCCUGAGACAGAAGCUUCAGCAAUUGCUGGAAUAACUGGAGGGGAAAUAUGAAACCUUAGCCGUUCACCCGGCAAGAGAGUUUCAAGAUGGCAGCUCAGCGCAUCCGAGCUGCCAACUCCAGCGGCCUCCCGCGGUGCAAGUCCGAGGGGACCUUGAUUGACCUGAGUGAAGGGUUUUCAGAAGCAAGCUUUAAUGAUGUCAAAGUGCCUUCUCCCAGUGCCUUGCUCGUAGACAAUCCCACGCCCUUUGGAAAUGCAAAGGAAGUGAUCGCAAUCAAGGACUACUGCCCAACCAACUUCACCACCCUCAAGUUCUCCAAGGGCGACCACCUCUACGUCCUGGAUACGUCAGGUGGGGAGUGGUGGUACGCACACAACACCACAGAGAUGGGCUACAUCCCUUCUUCUUACGUGCAGCCCUUAAACUACCGGAACUCCACCUUAAGUGACAGCGGGAUGAUCGACAAUCUUCCAGACAGCCCGGACGAAGUAGCCAAGGAGUUAGAUUUGCUCGGAGGAUGGACAGAUGACAGGAGGGAGUCCAGCAAAACCUACAGUAAUAAUCCUUUCUGGAACGGUGUCCAGACAAACCCGUUUCUCAAUGGGAACGUGCCAGCCAUGCCCAGCGCGGACCUACCGACUCCCAAAAGCACCGUUGACUUGCUCCUCUUCGACACGGGCACAUCUUCGUUCACCGAGUCCAGCUCAGCGAUGACCAACAGUGCCGGCAACAUCUUCGACGAGCUGCCGGCCACCAGCCGCCUUCACGCGGAGCCGACGGUCAGGCGGGACAACCCUUUCUUCCGGAGCAAGCGUUCCUACAGCCUCUCGGAACUCUCCGUCCUCCAAGCCAAGUCCGAUACUCCCGCGUCCUCGGGCUUUUUCACGGGCUUGAAAUCGCCAGCCCCCGAGCAGUUCCAGAGCCGGGAGGACUUCCGGGCUGCCUGGCUGAGCCACCGGAAGCUGGCCCGGUCCUGCCACGACCUGGACUUGCUGGGCCAAAGUCCCGGGUGGGGCCAGACCCAAGCGGUGGAGACGAACAUCGUGUGCAAGCUGGAGAGUUCGGGGGGCGCCGUGCAGCUUCCCGACACCAACAUCAGCAUCCACGUGCCCGAAGGCCACGUGGCCCCAGGGGAGACGCAGCAGAUCUCCAUGAAGGCUCUGCUGGACCCCCCGCUGGAGCUCAACAGUGACAGGUGCAGCUGCAUCAGCCCGGUGCUGGAGGUGAAGCUGAGCACCCUGGAGGUGAAAACCCACAUCGUCUUGGAGAUGAAGGUUUCAGCUGAGGUGAAAGGUGACAUUUUCAGCAAAAGCACAGUGGGCCUCCAGUGCCUGAGGAGCGACUCAAAGGAGGGGCCCUUUGUCCCCAUCCCACUCACCUACAGCUAUGGGGACACGGUCCGGGUCCAGCUGGACAACCUGGAGCCCUGUAUGUACCUGGCCAUCGUUGCCCACGGCCCGAACAUCCUCUACCCUUCCACGGUCUGGGACUUCAUCAAUAAAAAAGUCACCGUGGGUCUCUAUGGCCCCAAACACAUCCACCCAUCCUUCAAGACGGUGGUGACCAUUUUCGGGCAUGACUGUGCCCCCAAGACCCUGCUGGUCAGCGAGGUCACCCGCCAGGCCCCUAGCCCGGCCCCAGUGGCACUGCAGCUCUGGGGCAAGCACCAGUUCAUCUUGUCUAGGCCCCAGGAUCUCCGAGUCUGCAUGUUUUCCAACAUGACCAACUACGAGGUCAAAGCCAGCGAGCAGGCCAAGGCCGUGAGAGGGUUCCAGGUGAAGCUGGGCAAGGUGAGCCGCCUCAUCUUCCCCAUCAGCUGCCACAACGCCAGCGAGCUCUCCGACUUCACCUUGAGGGUCCAGGUGAAAGACGACCAGGAGGCCAUCCUGACCCAGUUUUGCGUCCAGACCCCACAGCCACCCCCGAAAAGUGCCAUCAAGCCGUCCGGGCAGAGACGGUUCCUCAAGAAGAACGAGGUCGGGAAGAUCAUCCUGUCCCCAUUUGCUGCCACCACCAAGUACCCGACUUUUCAGGACCGCCCUGUGUCCAGCCUCAAGUUCGGCAGGUUACUCAAGACGGUGGUGCGGCAGAGCAAGAACCACUACCUGCUGGAGUACAAGAAGGGGGACGCCAUCGCCCUGCUCAGCGAGGAGAAGAUCCGGCUGAAGGGGCAGCUGUGGACCAAGGAGUGGUACAUCGGCUACCACCAGGGCAGGGUCGGCCUCGUGCAUGCCAAGAACGUGCUGGUGGUGGGCAAGGCGCGGCCCAGCCUCCUGUCCGGGCCCGAGCUGAGCACGGCGGUGCUGCUGGAACAGAUCCUGCGCCCGUGCAAGUUCCUCACCUACAUCUACGCCUCCGUCCGCACGCUGCUCAUGGAGAACAUCAGUAGCUGGCGCUCCUUCGCCGACGCCCUGGGCUACGGGAACCUGCCGCUCACCUUCUUCUGCCGGGCCGAGCUGGACAGCGAGGCUGAGCGGGUGGCGUCCGUCCUGGAGAAGCUGAAGGAGGAUUGUAACAGCACGGAGAGCAAAGACCGGAAGUCCUUCCAGAAGGAGCUCAUGAUGGCCUUACUGAAGAUGGACUGCCAGGGCCUGGUGGUCAGGCUCAUCCAGGACUUCGUGCUCCUGACCACGGCGGUCGAGGUGGCCCAGCGCUGGAGGGAGCUGGCCGAGAAGCUCGCCAAGGUGUCCAAGCGACAGAUGGACGCGUACGAGUCCCCUCACCGCGACAGGAAUGGGGUGGUAGACAGCGAGGCCAUGUGGAAGCCCGCGUACGACUUUCUACUCACCUGGAGCCACCAGAUCGGGGACAGCUACCGGGAUGUCAUCCAGGAGCUGCACAUCGGCCUGGAUAAGAUGAAAAACCCCAUCACCAAGCGCUGGAAACACCUCACAGGGACCCUGAUCCUGGUGAACUCCCUGGACAUCCUGCGAGCGGCUGCUUUCAGUCCCGUGGACCACGACGACUUUGUGAUUUGAACUGGUCUCCGACCUCCUGAUGCCCUCCCGGAGGGCUGCUCCGGGGCUCAUGCCCUCUGUCUGCCCCGGAUGCCCAGGCGGGCACAUAGAGCUGGGGAGGGAGGGAAGGUCAGCUCAGACAGACCCAGGGUCCCUCCUGGCUGGAUCCACACCCAGGACCGAGCACACGCGAUGUUCCACCCGCCUCCUCUGUCACGGGGGAGACUUGAAGGGAAUUUCUACUGCAGGUUGUUGCCAAUCAAAUAGCUUUCUAUUUGUUAAGUAUAAAUUUAAAUUUAAAUCACAUUUUUUUUAAAGUAUGGGGGGUGGGGCGCGUACGAGAAAGGUGGUAUCUAAUUUUUUAACGAACCGUAAAGGUAAAAAAAAAAAAAAAGAAAACACUUCAUAGGGGCAGAUGCUGUUGAGGUUUUUAUGUUCUAUAAAGACCUUUUUAAAUUAUGUUACAGAUGUAUAUAUGUAUUUAAGGGUCAUGGGGGCAUUUCUGAUUGCCGGAUUCUCUUUGCAUUUCAACACUUAGCACGGAAAGACACUUGUUCAGAUGGUGGACCUUUUUGCCUCUGUACUUGUAAAAAAAAAAAAAAAGAAAUCAAAUAGGAAA